UCUCGGGACUCUUGUGAGCGUUAAAUGCAGUAACAUACGGAGCAUGUCCGAAUCUCAUUCAUCAUGUCUGCCAUCAAGCUACGAAAAUUUCUUGACCACCGCCCUGUGAUCCCACCCAGCGUAUUCGUGGCUCGUCAAGGGAAGGACGUGCGGGGCUGCCUCCCGGGGCAGCUGGCAAGAGUCCAUUGGGACUACAGCGUAAUGACAUCUCCCAGACCUUUCACAGACUGGGCAAUCCCACCUGAGACAGAAGAUCAAUGUCAACCUCAACUAGACCAGCAGACCCUCAUUCGAUAUAUUUGUUUUAGAAGAUAUUCAGAGCCUGCAGAAUCAUGGUAUAAAGAAAGCACGUACCAAAGAGACUAUUGUCUGCCAUUUUACAACCUUGACUGGGACCAGAAGUUGGCCACAGUUUCGCAGAAUCCACAGCCGCUUGUGGAGUCGCUGCCGGAGUUCUACUGUCGUGAAGAGGGACGGCGCUGGAGUGAGGAAUUUCAAACUCACCGUGGCAUUGGGGCACCUCUGGCGUCCUUAGGCCCACGGCCCUCCCCUCUGGCCCGGGACGGGCCUGGCCGCCUCCGGUCUCCUGCCGCACAGCAGCCCCGCCGGCCCUUCGCUCACUUGGUCCGGUUGCUGCAACCUCCCCAGUUUCUCCAAGUGUCCCUCUGA